AUGAAAAAAAGAAAAAAAAAAAAAGUUUAAAUAAAGUUAAAUUAUUUUAUUACUCCUCUCCCAUGAUACGCGAUGAACGCUAAUCAGUUGUUUAAGUAGGAGAUCUGCAAUAAUUUUCAAUCUGGUGAAGUGGGACUGCCUACUAAAGUCCUAAAUUUGUUUUUUUUUUCUUGGUUUGGUUAUAAAAUCUUAAAUUCGUUAUGUGCAAUAGAUCUUCAAAUCUCCCAUUGAAAUAGUUUCAUCAUCAAUCAAAAAAAUGUUGGAAGUGAUUUCAGGAUGGUGGUCAUGGUGGUGGGAUGCCAGCAACGAGGGGGAGAAAGUUAUCAGAUCAGUUCUUACUAUAGUAGUCACAAUUACUACAGUGUUCUGUUUGCUGUGGAAUAUUGACAAGAAAUCAAAGAAAGCAAUGGCUCCCUUGCCCCCAGGCCCCAAGGGCUUGCCGCUAAUUGGAUAUCUUCCAUUUCUAGGCACUUUCCUUCACAAGAAGUUCACGGAACUGGCAGGUAAGUAUGGCUCUAUCUACAAGCUGUGGCUUGGAAACAAAUUAUGCAUAGUGAUUAGCUCACCAUCACUAGCCAAAGAAGUUUUUCGCGACAAAGAUGCGAUAUUUGCCAACAGAGAUCCACCAAUAGCUUCCAGGAUUGCCAGUUACGGUGGAAAUGAUAUUGCAUGGUCCUCUUAUGGUCCUGAAUGGAAGAAGAUGCGGAAGGUGUUUGUUCGUGAAAUGCUAAGUAAAGGGACUCUGGAUGCCUGCUAUCCGAUGAGGAAGCAAGAGGUACAGAAUGCUAUAAGAGGUGUGUAUGAAAAGGCAGGCAAUCCCGUAGACUUCGGCGAAUUGGUAUUUGAAAUCAUUGCAAAUGCUAUUAACAGCAUGUUGUGUGGUGGAACGGUCAAAGGAGAGAAAUGGAUUUCUUUUGUUUCAGAGUUCAGGAAAUUGGCAGAGGAACUUAUGGUGCUCCAGGGAAAGCCUAAUGUUUCAGAUCUUUUUCCUGUGCUUGGGAGGUUCGACUUGCAAGGUGUAGAAAGGCAAACCAAAAGGAUACUCUCAUCUUUUGAUCAGGUUCUUACUUCUGUAAUUGAGCAACAUUUGAAUACGGGUCCAAACGUAGAAAAGAGCGAGAGAACGAAGAAUUUCUUGCAGAUUCUUUUGGAUCUUAACAAGCAUGGAGAUGCUGAAACAUCAAUUACCACCAACCAGCUGAAAUCCUUACUAUUAGACAUUGUGGUGGGUGGCACAGACACAACAUCAACCACGCUAGAAUGGACGAUGGCAGAGCUAAUGCUACAUCAAGAAAUAAUGGAAAAAGUCUACCAAGAAUUAGAUGAAGUUGUGGGUCACAGCAACGUUGUGGAAGAGUUCCAUUUGCCAAACUUGCAGCUUUUAAAUGCUGUCAUGAAGGAGACACUUCGUUUGCAUCCAGCACUUCCUCUGUCAGUGCCUCAUAUUUCAAGCCAAUUCUGCACACUAGGUGGCUAUACCAUUCCCAAGGGCAGUACCGUUUUCCUCAAUGUUAAUGCUAUCCACAAGGAUCCCGUUCUUUGGGACAAUGCCUUGGAAUUUAGACCUGAAAGGUUCUUAAACAAGGAUAGUGGCAGCUUUGAUUACUCGGGCAACAAUUUUCAGUAUCUCCCAUUUGGAUCAGGGAGGAGGAUUUGUCCUGGAGUUCCUUUAGCAGAAAGGAUGUUUAUGUUCAUUUUGGCUUCACUCUUGCACUCAUUUGAAUGGAAAUUGCUGAACGGCACAGAGGUGGAAUUGUCGGACAAAUUCGGGAUUGUCGUCAAGAAAAAGAAUCCAUUACUUCUUAUUGCUAAACCAAGGCUCUCUAAUUUCGAUCUAUACUAGAGUCAGAAUAAGCCCAUGUUAGAUGCUGUUAUUGAACUUGUACAUAUCACCAGUUGUGCAUUGGACCAUCCUAUCUCAUGUGAUAGAAUUGUCUUAUGGAAUAAAAACGUUGUUUGCAAA